AAGACACACGAAGAAGAGGCGUAGUUUAGACACACAACAAGCAGCCCAGGGCACUUACACAACCCACUGUGUAUUUCCGUGUUACUUCCUUGUUCUGUCUUAUCUUUUGUAUUUUUCUGGGGAGAAAUGUGUAGACAGCGGUAAUUUUGGGGGGAUUCGGCUACUUAUCAAUGCGAGCGACAGAUACGCAUAAUAAUUGCUUUCUUUAGAUCCCCGCCUUGCGGUUACUGAUUCGUCAAGACCCGUUGAGGUGAUCAGGAGCUGUAAGGACUUCUUCUCCCCAGUACUUCUCGUCGAUGGCAGACUCCCGAGAAAGACGGAAAACCGGCGAAGAUGAGCCUCAGGGUGCAGUCGGGGGUGAAGAUGUCAUCGACGACAGAAUUAUGGAACAAGGAGCUGUUGUUUUAAGAGGGUAUGUCAUAGAGAGGGUCAGUGCAGAAAACCCAGAGAGACGUUUGACUCCAGAGGACCUUGGUGGCAGACCCAACGAACUAGAGGACCACCAAGUCAAAGACGUGGUACACCAGCUGCUGCUGAUCGCUGAUGACCUGAACAGAAAUGCUGAGCUACAACACCUAAUAAGCACAGUCCAGGUAAACUGUGUCCAGGAUGUGUUCUUCUCAGUGGCCAGGGAAAUCUUUGCAGAUGGUAUCAACUGGGGCAGAGUGGUCUCCCUGUUUCACUUGGCCUACAAGCUUAUUUACAAGCAUACCACCCUGCAUCCCACUGCUGGCUUGCUUCUGAAGCUAAGCAGGGUUGGUUCUGAUCAGACCCUGGAUGGGAGAACAGAUGCUGCUGGAAGUGGUGUUGGAGGGCCGGCACUGACACAGAACCACUUAGAAAUCAUCAAGAAGGUUAUUAGCUGGGUAUUACAGUUCAUCAGGGAAAAUGUCUCCGCUUGGAUCCGACAGCAGGGAGGAUGGGAGGCGGUUUUUAGCACCGUGUCACAUUGGCGUACUGUGUCGCUUGUGGCUGCAGUGGCUUUCGUGAUGGCCGUGGUUUACUGGAGGAAAACACGCUGACAUCAUCUCAGGAAGUGCCCUUGGUGAAAUCAAAGUGCCCUUAAAAUGUGGACAGUUCUCUAGGAAGACAGGUUAAUUAAUGUGUUAUGUCCUGUGCAGUUGAUUUGACUUUGGGGCAAAGGUGACCUAGUAAUCUUUAUUUUUAUAUGUGUAUAUAUAUGAUGAAUUGAUCUGAAAAGGGACAGUCAGGGGCUUUUUGGUACAGUACUCCAAACUGAGCAAGUAUUUAUUAGUACCAAUGUGAAACAGAAUUUUUCUAUUGCUCAAAAAAUAACCUUGUAAGGUGUUUUAUUGAACAAUGUUUUAUUGGACAUUAGAUGUUUUAUUGAAUCCCAAAUCUUCUAUUGAUUUGGAAUUAAAAGUAAACCACUACUAUUUUUUCACAGCUCUAAAUCGGUAUUAUAUACAGUGGGGCAAAAAAGUAUUUAGUCAGCCACCAAUUGUGCAAGUUCUCCCACUUAGAAAGAUGAGA